AUGGCCCCCAACCUCCGAAAAUCCCAUCCCCUACUAAAAAUAAUCAACAACUCCCUAAUUGACCUCCCCACCCCCUCAAACAUCUCAGCCUGAUGAAACUUCGGAUCACUCCUGGGUAUCUGCCUUGCAACACAGAUCCUAACCGGCCUUCUACUCGCCAUACACUACACCGCAGACACAACCCUAGCCUUCUCAUCCGUCGCCCACACAUGCCGAAACGUCCAGUAUGGCUGACUAAUCCGCAACCUACAUGCAAACGGAGCCUCAUUCUUCUUCAUCUGUAUCUACCUCCACAUCGGACGAGGACUCUACUACGGCUCCUACCUCUAUAAAGAAACCUGAAACACAGGGAUUAUUCUCCUACUCACACUCAUAGCAACCGCCUUCGUAGGCUACGUCCUACCAUGAGGACAAAUAUCAUUCUGAGGCGCCACAGUCAUCACUAACCUAUUCUCAGCCAUCCCCUACAUCGGACAAACCCUUGUAGAAUGGGCCUGAGGUGGCUUCUCAGUGGACAACCCCACCCUAACCCGAUUCUUCGCCCUACACUUCCUCCUUCCCUUUAUAAUUGCCGGCCUCACCUUAAUUCACCUUACCUUCCUCCAUGAAUCGGGCUCAAACAAUCCCCUAGGCAUCCCAUCAAACUGCGAUAAGAUUCCAUUUCACCCUUACUUCUCACUAAAAGAUAUCCUAGGAUUUAUCCUCAUACUCCUCCCCCUAAUAACCCUCGCCCUAUUCUCCCCCAACCUACUAGGAGACCCAGAGAACUUCACCCCAGCAAACCCACUAGUCACCCCGCCCCACAUCAAACCAGAAUGAUACUUCCUAUUUGCAUACGCCAUCCUUCGCUCUAUCCCCAAUAAACUGGGAGGUGUCCUAGCCCUAGCCGCCUCCGUACUAGUCCUAUUCCUAAGCCCGCUUCUCCACAAAUCUAAGCAGCGCACAAUAACCUUCCGUCCACUAUCACAACUCCUAUUCUGAACCCUAGUUGCCAACCUCCUUAUCCUGACAUGAAUUGGAAGCCAACCCGUAGAGCACCCCUUCAUCAUCAUCGGCCAACUAGCCUCUAUCACCUACUUUACCAUCCUCCUCAUCCUCCUUCCCCUCACCGGAGCCCUAGAGAACAAAAUACUCAACUACUAA